GCUUACAUGGUGUUUACGACAUACACAAGAAUGUUCAGUAGUUAUUUCCCCUGUUUGCCUGGUAGGACGCUAGGUACAGUCGCUAGUGUCUGCAUCAUUAUUAUCAAUAACUACUUACAGCUGAAUAAUGUGAGCUGCAUAGGCUAUUCUGUAGAAAGACAUCAUAAUGGAGAAUUUCUUGAUAGGAUCAGCAAAGCAUCGAUGGAUGUUAGCACUUUACCAUCAUGCCAGAAAUGCAACAGCCAACCCUACUUUGACUUUUCAGCGAAGCAUUUCACAUAAAAACAUAGUCCAGAUUGCUGGACCCUGUCACAAGAAAGCUGACUAUUCUACAUGCCAAACACUGGCAAACACCAGAUGGCAGAACUUGUUUCAGCAGCAGUGGACAUUAUUAUCAACUCCUGCAGCCUUCAUUCAUACAUCACUACCAGUUGAUGCCCGAGGAUCUGCUUACUCCAACUUUGGGCAUAAGCGCAGACCAGCAAGCAAACUUUCUAUAAUUUAUACUUUCACUUUGGUAGUACUGUUGAUUGGUUGCUUUGGAUUGGACGGCUUUUCAUGGUUGAUGAAGAAGUUGAAGGUGGAUGCAGCAUCAGAAGUUGAGUCUGACUCCAGCAAGAGCAAAGAGGAUGGUGAGGAUGAAGACGAAGAAGAAGAGGGAAAAAAGAAAAAAAAGAAAGUAGGGUUUAGAGACAGAAAGAUCAUUGGAUAUGAGGACCGUAUCCGUGCAUAUUCCACACCAGACAAGAUUUUUCGCUAUUUUGCAACGCUGAAAGUUGUGCAGAAUGGAGAAAUUUAUAUGACUCCAGAAGACUUUGUGCGCUCCAUCACACCAGGAAUCAAACAACCUGAUGGUCUUGGAUUAGACAGCUUUCGCAAGUUUGAUCUCCAGAAGGAUAGCUUCAAAGAUUUGAGGGAUCAACAUGAGACCUCUUCCCACAUAAGCGAGGACAGCAUUUUCUACAAGCUGAGCGAGCAUGGCCUCAUUUCCUUCUCUGACUACAUCUUCCUACUCACAGUUCUUUCCACCCCUCCAAGAAAUUUUGAAAUUGCAUUCCGAAUGUUUGAUAUCAAUGGAGAUGGGGAGCUGGACUUGGAAGAAUUCAAUAUGGUUCAGGAGAUCAUUCGCAACCAGACUAGCAUAGGGAUGAAACACCGAGACCAUACCACAACUGGUAGCGUUGAUCGCGGGAUGAGUUCAGCUCUUGUAACAUUUUUCUUUGGCAAAGAUGGUAAAAAAAAACUAACGCAUCAGGAAUUUUUGGAGUUUCAACGGCAACUCCAGCGUGAAAUCAACAGGAUUGAGUUUGAGCGAUAUGCUGGUGAAGAUGGAACAAUAUCAGAGAAGGAUUUUGGCAACAUCUUGCUGACAUAUGCAGGAUUACCCUCCAAAAGAAUGUCUCGCAUGUUGAAAAGAGUCAGACGGAAGUUCAAGGAAGAGUCUCAGGGAAUUGAGUUUGAAGAAUAUCUAGCUUUCUGGAAGUUUCUCAAAAGCAUAAAUGAUGUAGACACUGCUCUCAGCUUCUACCACCUGGCAGGUGUCUCGAUUGACAGAGAGACAUUUCGCCAUGUAGCUAAAACGGUGGCUAAAGCAGAUCUUUCAGAACACAUCAUUGAUGUGGUUUUCACCUUGUUUGAUGAAAACAAUGAUGGGGAACUUAGCAACAAAGAAUUUGUGUCAGUUAUGAAGCGCCGAGUCAUGCGUGGUUUGGAAAAACCAAAAGAUACAGGUUUUGUGAAGUUAAUGAAUGCCAUGUGGAAGUGUGCUACCUCUGCCACCACAUUUCUGGACUAAUUUUUCUUUACACCUUAUUUCCAUUUACCCAUGUUGAUGGAUUGUUAGAUUUGUGUCAAUAAUGCUGAUUAAAAACUAGGAAUUGUCUGAACUUGUGUUUUUUCGAGCAUUUUUACUCACUUCUAAAGUAACAAAAUAAAAAAGGGUCAGCUCCCAGACAUCUUGCUUUUGAAAUAAUCCAUUACUGGCCCUUUAUAUGACACCAACUUUGUUCACUUUUUAAGUCCUCAGAUAUACUGUGACUAUCCUGUUGUAUCAUUUCACUAAGAUGGAAAAAGACUUACCAGCAAUGUUGUGCUAUUGAAACAAAAGGAAGGUUGACUACUUUGACGUGAUAUAGACUUAGCUACUUGCUACAUGUAAAAACACCAGUUCCCCCUUUCCAUUAUGGAGAGAAAGAAAAACUAAAGCGUUUGGUAUGGAGAUGAGUUGGCAUAUCACAUGUAACUAUGAGGAAAAUGCCAUUGAAGAUGAAUUCUUUUGAAUAUUUAAAAAAAAAACUGCAAAUGAUGCCUUAAUAUCCAAAUCUACAUGAGCUUUUGUAAAGAAUGUUACGGAUAUUUCCAAUUUUUAAAUUUAUAUGUUUAUUAAUCUCAUCUGUCCUUUGAAAAAUGCUAAGAGUUAUAAGAAUUACCCACUCCUUUACAUUGUGUAUGUAAUGCACAUGCUCAUGGCUGUUGUUUUAUUCAUUCUGAUCCAUUUUUUUAAACACUAUUAAUACUACAUAAAAGGGAAUGUGUGUAACAUUGUUACAGUUUGCUUUGUAACUUGUGCCAUCAUGUAAUCUGUCAGAUUUCGGUCUUGGACUUGAUCGAUGAUAGUCAACUGCAUGCUCUUGGCCCAAAAGUGCAGUCUUAGCUAUAGUCUAUAUAUAAAUGUAUAUAUAUAAGAAAAAGGGGUCUGUUGCCUUUGUUGUGUAUUGUCUGCUUUUUAAGAACAUUGUGUGAUUUAACCUAUCAGCUAAAAAUGUAAAAGACAUAUUGAAAAUUUUAUUAAAAAUGUUCAGUAAUUAAGACAAA